AGCAAAUGACAAGCCCUAACACACACAAUCGCCGCCAAGAUGCAGAUCUUCGUCAAAACCCUAACCGGUAAAACCAUAACCCUAGAGGUCGAAUCCUCUGACACCAUCGACAAUGUCAAAGCCAAGAUCCAAGACAAGGAAGGCAUCCCACCAGAUCAACAACGCCUCAUUUUCGCCGGAAAACAGCUCGAAGACGGUAGAACCCUAGCCGACUACAACAUCCAGAAGGAAUCCACCCUCCACCUUGUCCUUCGUCUCCGUGGUGGUGCUAAGAAGCGUAAGAAGAAGACCUACACCAAGCCAAAGAAAAUCAAGCAUAAGCAUAAGAAGGUCAAGCUCAGCGUCUUGCAGUUUUACAAGGUCGAUGAUUCUGGAAAGGUCCAGAGGUUGAGGAAGGAGUGCCCUAAUGCCGAAUGUGGCGCCGGAACCUUCAUGGCCAAUCAUUUCGAUCGACACUAUUGUGGUAAAUGUGGGCUCACUUAUGUUUACCAGAAGGCCGGUGGUGAUUAAUAACUAUAUCAGGUUUUGUUUUCAAUCAUCAUGAGACAUAUUAUCAUCUCUUGUUCUUGGAUGUUCCUGAAAUUGCUUUGAGACAGUUCAUAUCAACAUUCAUCAUCAAUUUUCAUUUUUGUUACAAUAUCUCUUUAAGUUUUUGUGAUUGAACAAGUCAUUACAUGAUCAUGUGAUUCCUUAAUUGCUAAUUAUUGAUGUCGUAUGAUGGAUUGGAUCA